AUGUGGUUAUGUAAUCUACAUCAUUCUCGGAUUUUGUCAUGCAGCGAUAGAUUGAAGGUCAGAAACCUCGCCGUUCGGUAUUCGGAAUGCGGGGUCAGGCAAACACCCCGCGAAAUGUCUCAUCGCAUUUUGAGGACUACAUACUCUGCUCAAUGCACCCUUCGAUUUACAAGAUGGCAAGCCUUUAUCAUCGCGUUUAUCCGCCGCGUUCCCACAGACCCUGCAACUACCCGCAUGCUUAAAAGCACUUUUCCCCUCGUGGUGGAAAGAGAGGUGAAAAAGGCACCGCCGGUGGGUGUGUAUGUAAGGAUAAAGGAGCAUAAUAAACCAUGA